AUGUGGCAAGACACUACCAAUCAGUACAGCGCGUCGUCGUCACAUAACCCAUACUAUGGUCAAACCCCGCAACAAAGUGUACCCCUUCAAUUCUACGCGCCUGGACCAGACCAGGGGCAGUUCUACCCGGGAUCUCGUUCGAGUCUGGAGGGGAAUAUGGGAGGUGGGCAGGCACCAAUAGGGCAAGGAGGUGCUGCUCCAGCAUUUGGAGGGAAUAUUCAGCAACAACCGGGAGGGUGGUGGACCGCCUUCGGAACUGGUGGUUUUGAAGGAGAGCCACCAUUGCUGGAGGAGCUGGGGAUCAACUUCUCUCAUAUACGUGCCAAGUCUAUGACAGUUCUCAAUCCCUUACGACGUGUUGACGAGCGUAUAAUGGAUGACGCAGACCUCGCUGGUCCCCUUUUGUUCUUUUUCUGUUUUGGAGUCCUUCUGCUGCUGUCCGGGAAGCCUCAGUUUGGAUACAUAUAUGGCUUUGGAUUGCUCGGCUCCGUCUCAAUCUACACGCUACUAAACCUCAUGUCGGAAAAUGGCAUCGACGCAUACCGCGUAGUAUCUGUGCUAGGCUAUUGCUUAUUGCCAAUGGUUGGCGUCGGGGCGAUCAGCGUGGUUGUUACAUUAGAGUGCGUGAUCCAUUACUUUGCUCCCAGUCUUCAAUCGUCUCACCAGUACCUAUUUUGUUGUAGCGGCAUCCUUGGCUAUGUCCUGUCCUUGUUGUCCAUCAUAUGGUGCACGUUUGCUGCUUCCGGAAUAUUUGUAGCUGUGCUAAGGAUGUCGGACCAACGUCUUCUUGUCGCAUACCCAGUCGCACUUCUCUAUGGGUGCUUCGGUUUACUGAGUGUAUUUAAUGUUGGCGCAGGGAGCUCAGCCAGAUAGAUACUUGAAUCACACCCUCCAGCAUAAUAUUACCUCCUUGCCUUGGGAAACACAAUCUGAUGCCUAUUGCACGAUCGAGUCAAUAAGAGAAUUAGUCUUGGAGUACGGUAAAUCUACAUUAUGUCUCCACUAUGUCCCAAUUAUAAUGUCCCUGU